AUGGUUUUUAACGUCCCUUCAUGUCCCGCUCCUUUCCCCUCCCUCCGACACCCCCAACGCCUCACCCGCCCCUCGCCCCCACAGCCCCAACGGCCGCAAACGCACCCCGCGACCAACCUCCCCUGGAGCAGCCCGCGCUGCCCGCUCAGCCCUUCCAGCCGUGCCGCUCUCCCCGGGAUUCCCGGCGUUUUCCCGGCGUUUUCCCGGGAUUCACGGCGUUUGUUUUCCCGCUCCCGCCGCCCGCCACUCUUUGAAGGCCGAGAGCGCUUCCGGGCCGGGCCGCGCGCGCCGCUUCCGCCCUCAGCGCGGCGCCGCCAUCUUCGGGAUUGGCGUUUUUCACACCGCACACCCCGCGGGAAGUGCCGCUGCGACAGGCCAGCGUCCACCGAGAGGCAGAGGAGUCCUGCAAAAAUCAGCUUUAUUCGGACCACGGCGACAGAGCCAUACCUCUGUGGGGUCUCUCUGACAGAGCCAUACCUCUGUGGGGUCUCUCGGGAGUUUUUUUUUGGAAGGCACAGCCUCCUUUUAAUCCGCAUUUCCCUCCUCUUUUACCCCUUGGCCGAGGCAGUAGGGAGCCCUGCUGGACCUGCCCGCCCCGAGCCUCAGCUGCUGGACGAGGAGAUGCUCACCCCAAUCGCCACCUUCUGUCGCGACAUCAGCGAGGAAAAGCCGCAUCCAGCAGCUGAGGCUUCCCCCAGUAACACUAGAUGGUACCAGAGCUCCACACAGGCUCAAUGA